AUGUUAAAUUUAGAUCUUACUCGUUUCGAACGCGAGUCCGUAGCUCGUCUACGCGAAGAAGAGGCUCGCUAUAAGGGCGUAUCUAAGACGAUUACCUUCCUUAUAUCUCGUCGCCCCCUUUAUACGCGCGCCGCUAGCGGCACCUAUAGUUCUAGCUCUCGCUACGAGCCUAGUACUCUACGUAACCCGUUCCCUAGCCCCGGAUCUUACGUACGCCGUAUACCUACCUCUCGUAAUAAGGAGGACCCUACCCUAAUGUCUAGAGGUGCUAGCGGACUAGUUAACCCUACCUCGAACGCUAGAUUACCCUAUGUUCGCCCCGGUCCUACUAACGACCUCGAUGCUCGUAGACGCGCCGACCGCGCUACGGAGAAGGACCGUCUCGCUACCCUAGAGAGAAACUAG